AUGGAUUUUGAAAAAGAAUACGUCCAUAGAUUUUACAGUUAUAAAGCCCAGCAAUUCUCAAACUCAAGGGCAAAGCCGUGGCCAUUCACGGCACAGUUCAUUAAAGAGCAAAUAAAAUCCACAGAUCUUGUCUUGGAUGCAGGCUGUGGAAAUGGAAGGCAGUUUCUCCAUCCAAACACAAUAGGGCUUGAUUAUUCUGCAAAUCUACUGCGGAAAGCCUCAAACAAGCCAAACAUUGGACUAGUUCAAGGAGACAUACACACCUUACCUUUCAAAAACGAUGUGUUCGAUGUAAUUCUGAGCAUUGCAGUAGUUCAUCAUCUAUGUUCGCAUGAAAGACGGGCAAACUGUUUAUUCGAAAUGAAAAGGGUGUUGAAAAACAAGGGAAAAUGCCUGCUCUACGUCUGGCACAAAGAAGCGUCAAGAAAAACCAAGUUUUCGGCUAUUGAUGGAAGUCAGAACGAAUAUUUUGUAAGUUGGAGAGGAGAGGAGGAUAUACUCAGAUACUAUUUCCUAUUUGACGAAGAAUCACUUGAAAACCUUGUAAACGAGGCAGGCUUUAAGAUAUUAGAAAUGAACAGGGAGCAGGAAAGUAUUUAUGCAGUAUUAGAAAAUGAAAAAUAA